AUGGCAUCAGAAGGUGCAAGCAAUAACGAACGGCUACUCGCCGCUGCGCGCCAGGACAACGAGGAUAUGCUCCUCGACGUCUUCGAGUCCGGGAACUUCGACAUCAACUUCCAGGAUGGGUUGGGAAACACAGCACUCCAUUACGCCGCCUCGCACGGCAACCUCACUGUGCUCGAGCACAUCCUCUCGCACGAGGACUGCGACGUCGACCCGGUCAACCGCAUCGAGAAGGCAACACCGCUUCACCUCGCGCUCGCACACCCCGACGCCGAGCUGCGCAUGGCCGUCGUCGAGAGCUUGCUCGACGCUGGCGCAGACACCACGAUAAAGAACAAGAACGGCGAGACCGCGUCGGACCUUGUAUCUCCUGACGAUAGCGAGAUCCGCGCGCUGAUACGGAACGCGCAGGCGGGUGCCGCGAUUUCGCGCGACGAUGUUGUUGAUGACGAGGAUGAAGGCGAGCCCGGCUCAGGAUCGGGCUCAGGAUCGGGCUCGGAAGACGAGGAUUGA